AGGGGAUGAAGGCGGUGACUUGGCUGCUGCUGGCGGCCUCCCUGCGCUGGUGCAGCUCCAGAGAAGACCAGUCGUUUACUUGUCGUGAGGAAAAUGGGCCUUCUCCUGAGCUGAUGAUGAGACACAAUUUCACACCGUCAGAUCUUUUUGAACUCAAUUUCAAGAUUGUGGAAGUGCAAGGAGAGUGCAAAUUUAAUAUAAGUUGGAUCAUUAAUGCAGAUAGCAGCAUCAGAUACCUGACUGCCACCAAGAUAUGUGUGUCUGCUCAAAAUACGGCAUGUGUGAGAUGCGAUUAUACAGAAAAGUUUCAAAGCCAAACCACACUUGGUGGUCAGAGAUGGCAGUUCCACUAUGAUGAUUUCCCUGUACAAGAUGACGAUACUUACUUCAUUGAGGCGUAUAACUUGCCACCAGCAAAUAUAGGGGCCGAUCAUCCAAAAAUAUACCAAAAACAUACUUCUCCAGACUGUGAAGACAAUUUACUGAAACAUUGCAAAACAUGCAUAGAAAAAGGAAGCUUGUGGGACCCAAAUAUAACUGUAUGCUACAAGAAGUCAGAAGUAGAAGUCAGCUUUACACCUAGUAAUUUUAGUACCACAUAUACAAUCCUCCUUUGUGAAUCUGAUGAAUGCAGUGAUCAUAUUGUGGAUACCAGCAAGAGGAACGAUACUAGAGUUUCUGAACGAAUACAGCUGACUGGUCAGACCAGAAAGAUCUUUAGACAGUUAAUUCCGUUUUUCCCAAAAUGCCAGAAUGACUGCCGCAGGUACUCAAGUUUUCAGCUACUGUGUCCUGAAGAGGCUACCAAUGGUUAAUAUGUUUACAUAUUUGCUGCUUUACUUUGUGUACUAUGUGUGAUUGCUGCUGUACUGCUUUCCAAAGGGAGGCACGGUACAGCCAUCAACUGGUCUAUCUUUCAUCAAACGGUGCAACACAUACCUGUUACAGUCCUUGUUGUAUACUCCCACAAAGUGUGUUUUCAGCACACUGUCCUUGUAUUUGCUGCAUUUCUACACGAAUGCUGCCAAAGCAAUGUCAUAAUAGAUGCAUGGCAGAAACGAAGAAUUGCCGAAUUAGGCCCGGUACAGUGGCUUGCAAGUCAGAAAGAAAUUGCUGAUAAAGUAGUUUUUCUCAGCCCAAACCACACAAGUCCUACCUGUGAUUCAGCUUGUAAAAGGACUAUAGAAAGCAACAAGAACUCUGAAUGCUUGUUCACUCUUGCAUUUAACCUCUUCUGCAGUGACUGGAAAAAUCAGUCUUCUCUCCACAAAUACAUGGUUGUCUCUUUCAAUGAAACAAAUCCAUUUAAGAGUCUCCCAACUCCCUUGAACAUCUGUCCAAAGUAUUUUCUAAUGAAGGAUAUUGACUACUUUUGUAGAGAUCUCUGUCUUUCACCAAAUGCCAGUUGUAGUGAAGUAACAAGGUCAAAGUGUGGCUGGAGAUUUAAAAUGAAACAAAAAUCACAAGUAUAGAACUAUAUAUUAGGAUAGCAAAAAUAGUCAAGCCUAAAAUUCAGUCUUUCUUACUAAAGUGAAUUUAUUCUGCACACUGACAACUUUCAAACACCCCAUGCUUAAGGAUGACUUACUGCAACUGCUCCAUGUAUGGACACCUACUUCUACACACGUGUGUGCUGCUUGUGGAGUACAUAGAACUGAAAAGAGAGUUCCCUAGUGUGGCA